AUGACGCUGAAGCUGGGCCUCACCACCGCCGUGGUCGUGUCCUCGAGGGACGCCGCGAGGGUCGCCUACGAGAAGCACGACCAGCGCCACGCCGCGCGCGCGGUCCCGGACGCCUUCCGGGGGAACGGCUACACCGAGCGGUCGGUCCUGUUCUCGCCGAGCUCCGACCCGCAGUGGAAGCACCUGCGGGGCAUCAACGCCACGCACAUCUUCUCCCCCAAGAGCCUCGCGGCGGUGCACGCCAUCCGCGAGCGCAAGGUGAGGGAGAUCGUGGCCUACUUCCGCGCGCACGCGGGGGAGGAGAUGGUCUUCGGCGACGUGCUGCACAACGGCAUUCUCAACCUCAUGUCGAGCUGCUUCUUCUCCGUGGACAUGGCCGACGUGGGCUCCGAGUCGGCGCUGGGGCUACAGCAUCUGAUUGAGGGCAUCGUCGAGUUGGUCUCCAAGCCCAACGUCUCGGACUUCUUCCCCUUCCUUCGGCAGCUUGACUUGCAGGGCUUGCGCCGCCAAACGGGGAGGUCUCUCGACAGGGCCUUCAGCAUCUUGGACGGCAUCAUCGAACGCCGGUUGGACGACAGCCGUGACAACCCGGCCGGCAAGCAGGGAGACUUCCUCGAUGCACUCAACCGCCUAUUUUGUAGCCAGAUAUCCUUAAGUCCCAAUGUGUUUACAACACUUCUGAAUCUUCCCAUGAGACGGCGGUUCAGGUUGGUGUUGCUUUUAUCACGCGCCUCAAAGAGCAGAUUGAAAUCCCCUAACAGAAUCCAAGGCAGUUGCUGCUGCUGGCAGGCCAAAAGUUCUUGCAAGAAGGAUUCUUUGGCUGAGUCUUCCGUUGGGCCAUAUACCACUGUCAUCUGGAAGCUGGUGUUGUCUACCAAGGUUGUCACUAACGCAGAGGCAGAGUAG